AUGCCACGGACACGUCCGCGCCCGGGCUGGCCCGCGCCGCCGAGCAGCAUGGCCCGGAUGAGGUACCUCCGCGCGGCCGUCUCGGGAUUUUAUCUGUGGGAAGCCGCGGUGCUGCUCAGCUUGGUAGCCACAAAGGAAACAGACAGCGCAAGAUCUCGUAGCAUGCCAAUGUCUCCAUCUGAUUUCCUGGAUAAGCUAAUGGGUCGGAUGUCAGGCUACGAUGCAAGGAUCAGACCAAAUUUCAAAGGCCCUCCAGUUAAUGUCACAUGCAACAUAUUUAUAAACAGCUUUGGAUCCAUUGCAGAGACAACCAUGGAUUACCGAGUGAACAUCUUUCUCCGUCAGAACUGGAAUGACCCACGCCUUGCAUACAGUGAAUAUCCAGAUGACUCUUUAGACUUAGAUCCAUCCAUGUUGGAUUCAAUUUGGAAACCUGAUUUGUUCUUUGCUAAUGAGAAAGGUGCCAACUUUCACGAAGUUACAACAGAUAAUAAGUUGCUGCGAAUUUUCAAAAAUGGAAAUGUACUUUAUUCCAUCAGAUUGACUUUAAUACUGUCCUGUCCAAUGGAUCUCAAAAAUUUUCCAAUGGAUGUGCAAACUUGUAUAAUGCAGCUGGAAAGCUUUGGAUACACAAUGAAUGAUCUCAUUUUUGAAUGGCAGGAAAAGGGAGCUGUCCAAGUAGCAGAAGGGCUCACUCUGCCACAGUUUCUGUUGAAAGAAGAAAAGGAUUUAUGUUACUGUACCAAGCAUUACAAUACAGGGAAGUUCACAUGCAUUGAAGUCCGAUUUCACCUUGAGAGGCAGAUGGGCUACUAUCUCAUCCAGAUGUACAUACCAAGCCUCCUGAUCGUCAUUCUCUCGUGGGUGUCGUUUUGGAUCAAUAUGGAUGCGGCUCCAGCCAGAGUGGCUUUAGGCAUAACAACUGUGCUGACCAUGACAACACAAAGCUCAGGCUCACGAGCAUCACUUCCAAAGGUGUCAUAUGUCAAAGCAAUUGACAUCUGGAUGGCUGUGUGCCUGCUCUUUGUAUUUUCUGCACUCCUGGAAUAUGCAGCUGUAAACUUUGUGUCAAGGCAGCAUAAAGAACUUCUGCGAUUCCGCCGGAAGAGGAAGAAGAACAAGUAUUUUGAGGGAGUUCUUGAUGGAAAUGAAAUGAAUGAAUCAUUGCAGCAUAGCAAUGGCUUGAGAUGUGCAGGACGUAUAGACGGGACUUUGCCUCAAAUCUACAGUACAAAUUUAAGGGAUGAUGAUGUAAGAGAAAGCCGGUUUAGUUUUACAGCGUAUGGAAUGGGGCCAUGUCUGCAAGCAAAAGACGGAGUGACACAAAAGGGGCCAAACAACCCUGUUCAAGCUGCACCAAAAAGCCCCGAUGAGAUGAGAAAGGUAUUUAUUGACCGGGCCAAGAAGAUAGACACAAUUUCCAGAGCCUGUUUCCCAUUAGCCUUUCUGAUUUUCAACAUUUUUUACUGGGUAAUUUACAAAAUCAUUAGGCAUGAGGACAUUCACCAAUAA